GUCGGAAGAGUAAUGGACUCAUGUGGUCUCAUCAUACUUAGUAUAUCUGCUGAAUAUGUCCGCAAUCGAUUUUCGAGACGUUGAAUAGCCUGUGUUGAAUCGCUCCGAACUGAUAUCUUCUUGUCGGCCACAUGACACUCCAAGCAAACGUUAACAGGCUUUGGCUCUUGCUCUGCCACUUCCGGAGAGCCUAUGAGCUCGAUGAGGACUUGUUCGACGCUAAUUUGGAGGAAGAAACCCUUGCACAUUAUGAUCGUAACAAGUUUCUCCCACUGAAAAUCGGUCAAGUUCUCGUCCGGCGAUAUAAGAUCCUCGGAAAACUUGGGUAUGGCAGCCAGGGAACGAUAUGGCUCUGUUUUGACAAGAAGACGAAGACUUAUUUGGUUUUGAAGGUUAUUGUUGCUUUGCCAUGGAAUCUGAAUGGCUGGUCUUACGAGCUCACGUCACGCGAGGUAGUCGCCGAUGCUCGAUGCCGUAAUGCAGCUUCCUACCACGCAGAUAGUAGAGGGAUUGAACAUAUCCGGCUUGUCGAGAUGUCUUUCCUGAUCGACUCACGUCUUUCACCUGGUCUGUCACAUCUCUGUAUCUUUCACCGUCCAGCACUCAUCGAUGUCAGUACACUUCAACGACGCAUGAAGGACAAGAGAUUCGAUGCAAAGGCGCUGCGGAUGAUCCUCAAAUCAGUCCUCAUGGCACUUGACUUUUUGCACAGGAAGGCCAAAAUCGUGCAUUGUGAUGUCAAAGCGGACAAUAUCCUAUGCAAUGCUCUGAACGACACGAUCUAUGGUGCAAUUGCUGAGAAGCUACGAAAACAGCACGUUGUGACGAAGAUCGACAGGAAAGACCAAAGGAGGAUUUACAAGUCCACGACUUUUGAGGAUUUCUUGCACGAGGUGUCUUUCGAUAACGUUUUGCUGGGUGACUUCGGCGAAGCGGAGAUGGGAGUAGGAGUCGGCGACCAGAAGGGAUGGACGUCAAUGUGCAACGAUCAGUAUCGACCCCCCGAGAUUCAUCUCGAGAUGACCUGGGGAAGUUCUCUCGAUAUCUGGGCCGUGGGUGUGUUGACGUGGCGUUUGUCUCAAAACCAGUUGCUGUUUGGUGGGUCGGAUGACAGACGAAGUUUAACCACGGAGGACUUCCUCUCUCGCAUGCAUACUAUCCUCGGGCCACCACCAUUGAAUUUCCUCGAGAGAAGUCCGAAUGCCCGUCGAUUUUGGAAUGAAAAGGCCGAAUGGAUCGGCAAAACGUGGGAUCCUCCACUGACUUGGUCUUGGGACGAUCGUGAGUCAAGCUUUGAUGGUCAAGAGAAGCGAGCCUUCAUUCGAUUCCUCAAAGCAAUGCUACGUUGGCGACCCGAAGACAGGAGGACAGCGGAAGAGUUGCUAGCAGACCCUUGGUUGAACGCGAGCUUCGAGUGCCACACAGAAAAAGCAUGCUACGUUGGUCGACGACUGAGCGAUGCCUUGCCUUCAGCAUGACUUCUCACAUCA